CGAGUUUAACAAUAGGUAGAAAGUGAAUUCUGACAUGAAUGAAUUAUAUCGUGAUAAAUGUUUUUUCUUUGGUGAUCCAAUUACAACAAUAUCGAGAAUGAAACAUUUCUGAUUCACUUUUAGAAAACGUCCGUUCAAACUAUCGGUUUAUUUGAAGCUUAUUUGUGAUGGGAACCAUUAUUUUUACCUUGUUGAGUAUAUUAAUUAGCACGAGUGCAUUGAUAAAAAUUAAUCAAUAUGACGAUAAAGGUCUCACCAGUUGUAUCACAAAAAUGGUAGCCGACAUUGAUUAUAAAAAAAACAGCAGAUUAAUGGACAUUACUUUAAUGAAUAUGAACAAUGAUCUACAAUUGUCAACAAUAUAUCAAGUUGAAGGUGCGAGAUUUAUUUCAAGAAGAUUCUAUUGGGACACCGACAACAUUAGCAACGUUAUUUAUAUCGUGAUGAGUAAAGAUUAUUUAGAAUUAGCGAAUGGAUUGAGUAAAGUAAUUUCUGAUAAAUUCUGGAAUCCGUCGGCAAUAUUCAUUAUUGUCGUGCAAAACCUGAGGGAGUACAGUAUACAUAACGUCACUGAUCUACUUCACACAUAUAAUAUAUUUCAUAAAGUUUCUGUAAUAUCUCGAGAUGGUGAUGGAUAUGCUAUUUACAAAUAUAACCUUACAAAGCCUGGUUACUGUUUGAAAGCUGGCCACCUAAAAUUGUGGUCACAGUGUUCAGAUUACUGCUCUGAAAAAAAGAUACCUCCAAUAAAUAUAGGAAGUAUUCGGGGCUGUCGUUAUAAAUUUAUAGCACGGAAUUUGUGGCCAUUUACAAACUUCGACACGAACCUCAAAGGAACAGAACAAUUUAUUAUAUCGUUAUUUCAGAAGAAAUAUGGAGUGAAUAUUGACCUAAUGGAAUUUACCAAAGUUAACAAAUAUGGGACACCGAUUGAUAAUGCAACAUUGAUUAUGAUUGAAAAAGUAGAGAACAACAAAGUCGAAGGAGUCGUGGGAGGUUACGCGAUAGAUUCUUCAAAUGUCGGUAAAAAUAUCACUCACUUGUAUCCCAUGACAAUUGAUUAUAUACGAGUUGUUUUGGCGCGUGCUAAUUUUGUAGAUCAAUGGUCAGCCAUUUUAUCGCAGUCUUUAAUCACUUUUAUUGUAAUCAGCUUUCUGUUUGUAAUAUUCUGCUUAGCAGCAAUAUUCUUAUCAUUAUUUCAUUCACGGAAUGAUGUGUCGCGUGAUAUUCUAAUUAUAUUUGGUUAUUUAUUAAACAAAACUGCAGUAAAACGCACAGCUUCCGGAUGGCCACAAGUAUGUAUUUUCACGACUAUAUUAUUUAUGGCGUUUUUAAUACCAUAUGCAAUUCAAGCCAAUCUGUUUAGUGUGACUACUAGGCCCGUUCGUGGGUAUGAACCGAAGCAAUUUGAAGACCUAAAAGGUUAUAAGCCCGUUUUGUAUUCUGAAUGGCUGCGUCGCAAGGAUUUUAUUGAUUCUUAUGAUUGUGGGACAAGAAUUGACUGUCUGUUGAUGGUGAAAAACAACCCAGAGAAGUUGUUUUAUACCUUAAUAUCAUACUUGCAUCUUUGGAUCUAUCAAUGGUGGCUGGCGGAUAGCCAUUGUAACCUGGCAAUAUAUCCCUUGAGGGAGCCAUACAUGACAAUAUAUAGAACUAUAUAUCUACGUCGUGGCUCCGCUUUGAUGAAUCCUUUUAAUAGUUUUAUAACAGAAAUUGCAUCAUCUGGUAUCUUGAAGAAGCAUGCAUCGGAUAUAAGUUACCGAGAACAGGUUAAAUGUAAAUCUCAUAGCUCAUUUUCUAUAUACGUUCCUCUGAAGUUGUCCAAUUUUAAAUAUAUAUUUAUGAUCCUAAUCGGAGGUUACUGUUUGUCUUUGUUGAUAUUUAUAUACGAAGUUUGGGCUGGAUCGCAAAGAAAAUUAAAAGGAGACAAUCAUUUACCUACCAAACCCAUUCAAUCUCAAUGGACAUAGCUACUACCUAUUACGAAAUGUGAUGUGAAACUGUUGGUAAUAAUUAUAGAUGUCACUAAGUAGGUACUUAGAAUUUUUUGUGGUCGUUUAUUAUGAGGACGCAUAUUUCGAAGACUAUUAAAUUAACUAGAAUCGUCAAUCAAUCAAAUUAAUUUAAAUCGAUUAAAACUUUUUUCUACUGUUUUUGUGUUGUACAUUGUUUUUGAGCUAAUUUAUUUUUAAAAUAUUUUAUUUUUCUGCACUGAGCACUGUUAAAAAGUAUUUAGUAUUUAAGUAGUAUGUUAAGAACAUUUCCAUUACUAAACAAAUAAGAAUACUGGAAGAUUUCGUGUAAGGACCAAUGAUAUACUUAACUAAAUUGUACGUAGAA